AUGGCCAAAGUUACCAAGGAACUUUCCAAGGCGCUUUCCAAGGUCCCUAUCAAGGUUCUUUCCAAGGAACUUACCGAGUCUCUUACCAAAGUCCUUACCAAAGUUCCUACCAAAAUCCUUACCUGGGCUCCUCCCAAGGAUCUUAUCAGGGUUCUUAUCAAGGUCAAGGAUCUUACCAGGGUUCUUAUCAAGGUCCUAGCCAAGGAUACGGUGGUACAUAUGAUUCUGGAUGCGGUUGCAUCAGAUAUGAAAGGGUCCCAGUACCAGUUCCAGUACCGGCAGUUCCAGUUAUGCCGGUACCAGCAUCAGGCAUUAGACGGUUUCUCAUGGCACAACGACGAUUAG